GGCGGGGCUGCCGGGCUCCGCUGCGGGCGAGCCACUCAAUCCGCGUCCAGCGAGCCGCUCGGACCAUGGAGCCCAUGUCGCUGCAGGACUUCGUGUGCUCCCUGGACCCCGCCUCACUCCCGCGUGUGCUGCAGGUCUGCUCCGGGGUCUAUUUCCAGGGCUCCAUCUACGAGAUCUCUGGAAAUGAGUGCUGCCUCUCCACAGGGGACCUGAUCAAGGUCACCCAGGUUCACCUCCAGAAGGUGGUCUGCAAGAACCCGGAGACAGGCCAGACGAUGGUGCUUGCUCCCAACUUCCAGGGCCACUUCAGCCUCCUCACUGGCCCCCAGAGCUAUGGAACCCUGGAGGAGCUGGUCUCUGCUGCAAACCAGAGCUCCAAGAAGCUGCCCAUCUGCUUCAUGUCAACCUACAAAAUUGCCACCAAGGCCAGGGUGGUGCCUGAGAAGCAGCCCCUCAAGCUUGUGGCUGUGGAAAUGCACCUCGGGACCUGCUGUGCCCGCUGUGUGCUGGACACUGGGGCCCAGCAGGUCCUAUUGCAUCUGCCCCUAUCCCAGAAGGGGCCUUUCUGGGAACUGGAGCCUGGCACCCAUCGGACCCUGCUCCAGGUCCUGCAGGACCCGGCCCUGAGGGACCGCCUCCUCACCUGCCCUGCCCUCCCCUGGUGCUCCCAGACGCUGAGGCCCGAGUACAAGAUCGAAGCCAUCAUGCACAUGCGCAGGUCCGUUGUCAAGAUCCCCUCCACCCUGGAGGUGGACGUGGAGGACGUCACCGCCUCCUCUCAACACAUCCACUUCAUCCAACCGCUGCUGCUGAGCGAGGUCCUGGCCCGGGGAGGCCCCUUUCCCCUGCCCACAGAGAUCCUGGAAGUCCCGGAGGGGCCCCCGAUUUUCCUCAGCCCGUGGGUGGGCUCCUUAAAGAAAGGCCGGAGGCUCUGCAUCCAUGGCGUGGCCUCACCAUCCUGGCGGCUCCUGGCCUCCACCAAGGGCCGGAAGAUGCCCAGACACUUUAUGAUCUCCGGGGCCUACCAGGGCAAGCUGCGGCGGCGGCCCAGAGAGUUCCCCACGGCCUAUGACCUCCUGGGUGCCCUCAAGCCCGGCCAGUCCCUCCGGGUGGUGGCCACAAAGGACUAUGAGGGCGAGGGGUUGGAGAACCCCGGGUUCACGUCCCUAGCCAUGGGCGACAGGCUGGAGGUAUUGCGGUCAGACCAGGCCCUGGGGGCUGAAGACAGGGACACAGAUGUCUUGGUGUGUCAGCGGCUGAGUGACGAGGCUGAGAAGGAAGGGGAAGAAGAGUGCGAAGGGGACGCCGAGCACCAAGAACAGAUUAUGCUGCCCCUCCACACUCCCGGCGGCUUCGUGGAGGAGCUGAGCGACGGCCGGCGCUACAGCCUGCAGGAUCUGACUGUCCAGUUCUCACUGCCCUGUGAGGUCAAGGUGAUGGUCAAGGACACCAACCACCCUGCUGACCCUCUGACCUCCUUUCCGGGCCUGCGGCUGGAGGAGAAGAUCGUGGAACCCUUCUUGGUGGUCAGCCUGGACUCCAAGCCAGGGAUGUGCUUCGAGAUCCCUCCGCGGUGGCUGGACCUGACUGUUGCGGAGGAAGAGGAGCCGCCAAGCCAGCCGCCUGGGUCCCUCCCCGUAGCCACAGUGGAGGAGCUGACGGAGGCCUUCUACUAUCGCCUUCGGAAGUUACCUACCUUCGAGAGUCAAGCUCCCCCGCCCAGGCCUCCGAAAAGUAAGGGCCUCAGUGGGCAGAAGAAGCAGGGCAGCAAGGAGAAAGGCAUCAAGUCUUCUCAAAUCUUAGAACUGCAGGAACCAUCUCUGCUGCCCAAACCCAAGGUGCAGACCUGGCCAAAGACCACCGAGGACAGCUCAAAUCUGUACAGUCAGACUCCUGGCUGCAAGAAGGGCCUCAGGCCCACUAAGCCCAUCACGCAGGAUUUGGAUAAUGAACAUGAUUACGAAGAAGUAGUUGAGAAGUUUCCGAAAACCCUGUAGGUGCUGGAGGAACCUUCCUUCGUAACUGCUACUUCUCAGGGAAUCCAAGAUACCAGCCAACCAUUACAAACCUUCAGAAGACCAUGGACAGGUCUCUCAGAAAUCAGACUGUGGAUGAGGAAUGGCCGUGUGGGGACUGAUCUGAAGUGGGACGGACACAGCUCCUGCUUCCCUCAGGUUCUAGGUUCCUGCCGCUGAGGGCUGGCUUCUCUGGGCCCAACACUUUGCGUUUGGCUCACUUAGCCUUGGAGCUUUGCUAUCAAAUGGCCAACUGGAUUCUACUCAGUCCUUCAUCCCCAGCUCCGGUUAGUGCAGGAAGGACACUGCCCACCUGGGUGAUGGCAGCACGGUGCCUCCUGCCUCUUGGUAAAGGGGACUCAAUCCAGAUCACACACAGUACUGGUAGCCUUUGUUUGCCACCCCUGCUCCACUCUUUCCUCCCUCUCCCCCUCCUCUGCCCAGGCUCUAAGCCCGAGGGACCAGGACUGUCCUCAUCUCUGCAGCACCCAGCACAGGACAGCUGUAGAUGACCAUCCAGGAUUACUUCACUUUAAAACCACAGAAUAAAAAUGACAUCUGAGCUUCUGGAAAAA